AGGGAGAGAAAGAGAGGGGGGGGGGAUAGCUAUAAUUUCCAGCCCUGUAGAGAGACAAGAGCGAGAGAGACAGAGGUAGAGUGACAGAAUUAGAGACAGAGUGACAGAUAGCAGGGUCAGGAGCAGAUGAGAAGAGAGUUCACGAACUAUCGCAAAGCACUGGAACAACUACCAGACCUCCAGUUCAAAUCAUUUCCACUGUCUGCAGGAAGGAGCGUGAACACAAUAUCAAAUUGCAGUCGGCACCUUACCUGGCUGGAAGCUCCCUUUAUCCCUGCCCAGACGAGGCCCGAACAGGCUUAAUUGAAGACAGCGGUGCCUCGUCGAAGCUAACAAGAUGAGCUGCAUUCAGAGCUCCCUGGCUCGAAGCAGCUGUCUUCGUAGCAUGUCAGGACAGCAGCAGUGGACCCGCCUGGCCGUCAUGGCCCUCCUGGUACUCACAGUGGCCGCGGGCGAGGGGCUGAAAGCUGAGAAACAAGGGAAGAAGGAACGCAAGUCUGACUGCGGGGAGUGGCAGUGGAGUGUGUGCGUGGCCAACGAGGGGGACUGCGGCCUAGGCACCAGGGAGGGGACACGCACCGGGACUGACUGCAGGCAGACCAUCAAGACCCAACGCUGCAAGAUCCCCUGCAACUGGAAGAAGCAGUUUGGAGGGGAAUGCAAGUAUGACUUCCAGGCCUGGGGAGAAUGUGACAUGGCGACUGGAAAAAAGAACCGGACUGGCAUGCUUAAACGGGCUCUCAUGGAUGCCACCUGUCCUAACACAGUCAGCGCCACCAAGCCCUGCGGCAAGAUCCCCAAGACUAAGCUGCAAGACGCCAAGAAGCCGAAGAGAGAGGGGAAGAAAAGGGAGCGCACUCCAAUGGACUAGUGGCGCAUCGUGGAACGCAGGAAGUGGACGGUGAUGGUUAUACUGCCCUAUCUCAACAUGGUUCCUCAUUGUUUGUCCUGUAGGUUGGGUAUAUGUAUACAGCAGAGGACACACGGAGAGCAAUGAUAACAUAACAUUUCUUUCUUUCCUAAUUUCUUAUAGGAAAGUCUUGUAGGUGAUGUAACAAUACAUGCUUAGAAUAAUGCAUAUGAAGCAUUUCUUACUAAAAAUCCUUAACUGAUAAUGUUCUGGGUUAUUUUUUAAAUAAAUGAAAAAUAGUUUCAUGUUACAUAACCUCCUUUUUUCUUGCGGUAACACAAUAUGAAUACUGACCAAAAGUCCUUUCUUGCAUGUCUUGAUUUUAAAGUAGCAAAAAUGUCAUGUCUUGACUAUUUUUUAAGAAUAUUUUGUUGGUACCCACAAUAUAAAUGCAUUAACUUUUGCAACCAUUGUUGUAGGGCAUAAUUUAAAAAGAAACUGAAGUCCAAAUUGAUGUAUGGGACAUUUCAUUUCAUGUUAUCUACAAUAAAAGAUGUAAACUAUUGCCAGAUGACUGCAUAGGUAGCAGACUGUAUUGUGUGUUUGUGUGUGCAGGAAUAGUUCUGGUCCUCCUGUUAUUAUACCUCACUUUGUAGCUCCUCAGAUUUCCAGUUGAACUCUGGGUAAAACUGUUAUUUUAGUUUACAGCUGGAGUGGACCUUUCCUAAUGUUCAAUUAAAAAAAAUAAAGUUUGAAAUUAUUUCCAAAAAUC